AUUUAAUUAAAAUAAAAGGGAACAAAUGUCUAAAAAGAAGAAAGGCUUGUAUUUCAUAGAAUAGAUUCUCGAUUAUAAACAAUACAAUGGAUAAAAAUACUAUCUUGUUAAAUGGUAGGGAUAUAAUAUCAGAGAUUGUACAUGGGAAAAACCUGAGAAGAUUCCUAAUAUCACUUAAUAUUUAAGUGAAUACGAGUAGAAUAUCAGAAAUUUAGGAUCCAAUUUUUAUCAAAUUGAGAAUGAUGAACCACCUUAAUUAGAAGAUUUCAUUGGAGUACCGAGUUAACAAAAAUAAACUGUAUUGCAAUAAUAAUAAGAAUAAAUAAAGAAACUUACAGAUUAAGUUAGUGUGUUAAAACAAGAAUUAACAAAAGUACAAAAACAGUAGAAAGACAUAAUAUAGAUGAUAUAAACUAUACCACAAGAGAAGAAAGUCCACCAUCCAAAUUAAUAACAGGAUUCUGAGAAUAUUUAGGAUUCUAUUUCGGAAUUAUCUCAAAAGAAUACUGAGGUCAAGUAACCAAAUGAAGGUGGAUUCGAAUAUGGUGAUCAAUUAGAUAAAAUAGGAUAGGCUGCAUAGAUCAAAUAAACAGGCAUUAAAAUGUAUUAUUUAUUAUGGCAAAAAAGACCAAAUGGUACACUUAUAUUCAAUUUAUUAGGUAUUAUUCCCAAAAAUCGAUGGGUGAACAGUGAUUAUUUGUAAAAAUAUGAUAUCAAGUCAUUGUGUUACUAUCUUUAAAAAAAAUUAUAAUGA